CUCCAAAACUUCCUGAUCAUCAUCAACUGAAAAAUCACUAGACGGAUUGUUACGCGUCUGAGGUGAAUCAAAACAAUGACGAAUGAUCACCAUACUAAUCAUUGUAAAAACAACAUUUUCAGUAAAUUAAUAACAAUAAUUAUCACUGUAUCUAUAUCUGUAUCUAUAUCUUCUUCAUUUACACACGCUGCUUCUUCUUCAACAUCUGUCCACACCAACAAUUGGGCCGUCCUUGUUUGCACAUCUCGCUUCUGGUUCAAUUAUCGGCAUAUGGCAAACACUUUAUCCUUGUAUAGGACUGUCAAACGGCUAGGAAUACCCGAUGAGCGGAUCAUUCUUAUGUUAGCUGAUGACAUGGCUUGCAAUGCUCGCAACAAGUACCCUGCACAAGUUUUCAAUAAUGAAAACCAUAAGCUUAAUCUGUAUGGCGAUAAUGUUGAGGUAGACUAUAGAGGUUAUGAAGUGACAGUUGAAAACUUUAUGCGAGUUUUAACAGGACGCCAUGAAAAUGCUGUACCAAGAUCCAAACGUCUUUUAAGCGAUGAAGGUAGCCAUAUACUUCUAUACAUGACAGGACAUGGAGGAGAUGAGUUUCUGAAGUUUCAAGACUCGGAAGAACUUCAGAGUCAUGAUUUGGCUGAUGCAGUCAAACAAAUGAAAGAAAAGCGCAGGUUCAAGGAACUGUUGAUCAUGGUAGACACUUGUCAAGCUGCCACACUCUUUUCCCAGCUCCAUUCACCUGGUGUUUUGGCUAUUGGAAGUAGCAAGAAAGGAGAAAACUCUUAUUCACAUCACUUGGAUUCUGAUGUUGGUGUCUCGGUUGUGGAUCGAUUCACAUAUUAUACCUUAGCUUUCUUUGAGAGGCUUAAUAUGUACGACAAUGCAUCUUUAAGCAGUCUUUUCAGUUCGUUUAAUCCAAAUUUGCUGAUGUCAACUGCAUAUUAUCGAACAGAUCUAUACCAAGAAGAAGUGGAGAAGGUACCCGUAUCAAAUUUCUUUGGUUCAGUAAUGAAAACCAUCCACACCAGUUAUGCUUACAGGGGAAUAUCAGGUAAAGACAGCAGCAGGGCCACAUCUGACGAGUCAUUAGAUCACUCUUAUGACAGGGAUGUUCAAAGAACAAGUACUAGUUCAGAUCCUGAGAAACAAGUUGAUCAUCAAGAGACAAAAGCGGUGGAACGUGGAACUUGUCCUCAUGCAGAUUUAUGGAAUGCCGUUGUUGAGAAGGUUCAGAGUAUCAAAGAUGUUGACAGUGUUGUGAAUUACGGUUUGGUUGGAAUGUUGAUGCUGGUUGCAGUCUCUACUUGGCAGUCAGCAUCAUAAAGGUCAUGCCAAAACCUGGUCAAAGAAACAAUUUCAAGCUUCUAACUUCUAGGCCUUACUCUCAGGAACGUCCAUUUUAUGAAAUGCAGCCAAAUUCAAAUAUCAAAAAGUGAUGCAGCCAUCAUCAUUGUUAUCAAUCUGUCCAGACCGUAUAUAAGCAAAUAUCAUGUUGGCCGUAUCUUCUGUGUAUUUACCUUAUACAUUUUCUGAUUUUGUUUUUUCUUGUUUACACUCAAUGAACGUUACGGUGAAGAGGCUUAAUUCAUAGGCCAUCUGAUUAACACGUACAAUUUGAUUAA